AAAAAAAACCACUAUUUUUACCGGACAAGGAUCCAUCUUUUAUCACAGUUUAGAUCAGCUAAUGAGAAUCUUCAGACUCGCAUCUGUCGCACCGCGAAUUUCCCCCUCGAAUCACUACACAACUCUCCCGUUAAAACAAGACGUUUCUGCGGCAAGCAUCGCCGGAGCUCUUCAAGAACACAUCAACUCUCCAUCCCCAAAACCCGGUAAGAAGAUCCACGCCGACAUAAUCAAAACCGGGUUCAGACCAGGUUUAAACGUAUCCAUCAAACUACUAAUCCUCCACCUAAAAUGCGGCUGUUUGACUUAUGCACGCCAAGUGUUCGACGAAAUACCCAAACCAACGUUAUCUGCUUACAACUACUUGAUCAGUGGCUACCUGAAGCAAGGAUUGGUUAAGGAGUUUCUUCUCCUAGUCCAACGCAUGGCUUACUCUGGAGAAAGGGCAGAUGGGUACACUCUUUCCAUGGUUCUUAAGGCAUCAUCAUCAUCUAGUAGUCUUGGUAGCUUAUGCAGGCUGGUCCAUGCCAGGAUUGUGAAAUGUGAUGUUGAGUUAGAUGACGUGUUGAUCACUGCUCUUGUUGAUGCUUAUGUGAAGAGUGGGAAGCUGGAGUGUGCGAGGACUGUGUUCGAAACGAUGAAAGAUGAGAGUGUUGUGUGUUCUACGUCGAUGAUCUCAGGUUACAUGAACCAAGGAUUUGUAGAGGAAGCUGAAGAGAUUUUCAAUGCGACUAGAGUUAAAGAUAUUGUAGUUUACAAUGCUAUGGUUGAAGGAUUAAGCAGAACUGGUGAGACUGCUAAGAGAGCUGUUGAGAUGUAUGUUUCGAUGCAACGAGCUGGUUUUCAUCCAAAUAUCUCGUCUUUCGCUAGUGUCAUUGGCGCGUGUGCGGUUCUGACGGGUGUUGAAGUAGGUAUGCAAGUGCAUGGACAGGUUAUGAAGAGUGGAGUCUACACGCAUAUCAAAAUGGGGAGCUCUUUGUUGGAUAUGUACGCAAAGUGCGGUGGGAUUGAUGAUGCGAGGAGAGUGUUUGAUCAGAUGCAAGAGAGGAACGUGUUUUCUUGGACUUCGAUGAUUGAUGGGUAUGGGAAGAACGGGAACCCUGAGGAGGCGCUUGAACUCUUUAAUAAGAUGAAGGAAGUUAAUGUAACACCCAAUUAUGUAACGUUUCUUGGAGCUCUCUCUGCGUGUUCACAUUCUGGUUUAGUGGAGAAAGGCUAUGAGAUAUUUGAGAGCAUGCAGAGAGAUUAUUGUAUGAAACCAAAGAUGGAACAUUAUGCUUGCAUGGUUGAUCUCAUGGGACGGGCUGGAGAUUUGAGUGAAGCUUUGGAGUUUAUUAGGGCGAUACCUGAAAGGCCUAACUCUGAUGUUUGGGCUGCUCUUUUGAGUUCUUGUAGACUGCAUGGUAAUGUUGACAUUGCGAGCAUAGCUGCUAAUGAGCUUUUUAAACUGAAUGCUGAUAAAAGACCUGGAGCUUACAUAGCGUACUCCGAUGUUUUGGCUUCUGCUGGUAGAUGGGAGAACGUGAGCGAGAUUAGGGAUGUGAUGAAAGCUAGAAAGAUACCUAAGAAUAUUGGUCGUAGUUGGAUCAGUUCCGAGAAAGCUCAAUGAAGGUCUUUUGUAUCCAAGCCUGAGAUUUAUCAGAAGAUUUGAUUGGGGAUGAGAGUUUUUGCGACUAAAUGUUUUACAGAAGUGAUACUUAUGAAACAUGCAGUAAACAAGAGAGCACAUAUUCAUUCUUGUGGAACGUAAUAAUGGCCUCUUUUGAGAAGGGUGAACCAGGGUUAU